AUGGAGGUCGAGUCGCCGGCGGUCGACGCCCUCCCCACUCGGCCGGUCCGGCCCGCACGCCCGGGCCGCUCCGCGGCACCGCACAAGGACGACGGAGACGAUGACGGGAGCGUGCACACGCCCUCGCGGACGGAAGAGCUGCCGCUGAGCGCCACCGGGAACGGCAUUCAGGGGGCGUCCUCGAUCGCGGACGACCCCUCCUCGCCCAAGUCGUCCAACAAGACGCCAGGCCGGCAAAGCGACGCGGGGCAGGGCGCGGAGGCGGCGAAGCUGAAGAAGAUGCUGCAGAAGAUGGCGGCGAAGCUCAAGAUCGCGGAGCACAAGCUGGCCGAGCGCGACGCGGAGGUGGACGAGCUCAAGCGGUCGCUCGCGGAGGCCGAGGGGCGCGCGGAGAGCUCCGGCGCGGCGGCGGAGCGCGCGGCGGCGAGCGCGGCGGAGGUCGCGGACCUGCGCGUGAAGCUCGCGGCGCUGGAGGCGGAGCUGGAGGGCGGCGCGGGGGAGCGGGAGCGCGAGGCGCGGGAGCGGGCCGCGGAGCUCGAGGGGCGCGCGGCGGAGGCGCAGGACCUGCAGCGGAAGCUCUCGGAGGCGGACCGGCUGCGCGUGCAGCUCGAGGGGACCAGCACGUCGCUGAAGCUACGCAUCCAGGAGCUGGAGUCGGCGACGACGGAGGCGCGCGAGGCGUCCGAGUCGCAGGCGGGGCAGGCGGAGGCGCUGCGCGCGGAGCUCGAGCGGGCGCGGGCGGAGCACGCCGCGGAGCUGGAGCGCGUGCGCGCGGAGCACGCCGAGGCGGUGGCGGUGCUGGAGGAGGCGCGGCGCGUGGCGGGCGAGGAGGCGGCGGGCAGGCGGGCGCGGCGGCGGAGGAGCGCGAGCGCGCGGUCGCGGCCGCGGAGGCGGCCCGCGAGGAGCUGCGCCGAGCUGGAGGGGGCGCGGCGGGCGCUGGCCGCCGCGGAGAGCGCCGCCGAGGACGCGCGGGGCACCGCGGACGAGCGCGGGUACCGCCUGGAGGAGGCCGAGGAGGGGCGGAAGGCGGCGGAGGCGGCGCUGGAGGAGCGCGGCGCGGAGCUGCGGGGCGCGGAGGAGCGCGUCGUGGCGCUGGAGGCGGAGGUGGCGGGCGCGGGGGAGCGCGCGGCGGCGCUGCGGGCGGAGGCGGACUCGGCCGAGGCGCGCGCGCGCGAGCAGGAGGCGCUCGCGAAGGCGGCGGCGGACCGCGAGGCGGCGGCGCGGGAGGGCGCGGCGGAGCUGCGGGAGCGCCUGGCCAAGGAGGAGGGCAAGGCGGAGGCGGCGGUGAAGGAGGCGGCGGUGCUCGCGGGGCGGCUCGAGGAGCUCGGGCGCGUGCGGGACGGGCUCGAGGCCAAGCUGGCGGACCGGGCGCGCGAGGCGGAGGCGCUGGGGAAGCGCGCGGCGGACGCCGAGGAGCGCGGCGCCGGCGUGGCGCAGGAGCUCGCGGGCGCGCGCGCGGAGCUCAAGGAGAUCAAGGGGCAGCUCGCGGAGAAGGCCUCGCGGCUGGAGGACGCGGACGGGCGGCUGGAGGCGGCGAGGAAGGACAAGGAGGGGCUCAAGGAGCGGCUCGAGGGGGCGGAGCGGGCGCUGGAGGAGGCGCAGUACAGCGCGGACAAGGAGGGGAAGAGCGCGGCGUCGCUCAAGGAGAAGCUCGCGGCGCGGGACGACGAGCUCGAGGCGCUCAAGGAGCAGCACGCGGCGCUGACGCGCGCGCACGAGACGCAGGCGGGCGCGCUCGAGAAGCUCACCGCCGAGCACGCCGCGGCCACCGCGCGCCUCGAGGCGCUCGAGGCGGACCUGGCGCGGGCGCGGGAGCUGCUCGACCCGGUCACCGCGGAGCGCGACGCGCUGCAGACGCAGAGGGGGGAGCUCGAGGCGCAGCUGGCGGCGACGACGGAGCGCGCGGCGCGCGCGGAGGGCGCGGAGAAGUCGCUGCAGGGCAUGCUGGACGCGGCCGGGGAGGAGAAGGCGGCGUUGAAGGGCGAGGUCGCGUCGCUGAAGGAGUCGGUGGUGGGCCUGGAGGCGCGGGCGGGGGCGCUGGAGGGGGAGCUGGCGGCGGCGCGGGAGAGAGGGGAGGGGCUCGAGCGGGAGCUGGCGUCGGAGCGGGAGCGCGUGGCGGCGCUGGAGGGGGAGGUUGCGGGGCUGAAGGAGAGCGUGGCGGGGGUGGAGGCGGCGCGGGCGGCGCUCGAGGGGGAGCGCAACGGGCUGACGGCGACGCUGAGCGAGGUGCGCGCGCACGAGGCGAAGCUGCAGGGGGACGUGGACCGGCUGAACCAGGAGCUGGGGUCGGCGACGACGCGCGGGGAGGGCCUCGAGGAGCGGGCGGCGCGCGCGGUGGCCGAGGAGGCGGCGAUGAAGGUGGCGCUGCGGGAGUACAAGAUCAAGUUCAAGAAGAAGCUCGAGCAGUCGCAGGCGGCCGUGAAGGAGGCGAUCGCGCGGCAGGACGCGGCGGAGGCCGCGCGGGCGGCGGCGGAGGCCGAGCGCGACCGCACGGCGCGCGCGUGCGACGAGGCCAACCAGCAGGUCGCGGAGAUCGAGGAGAGGCUGCGCGAGCGCGAGGAGCUCGUGUCGAACUCGCAGCCGACGAUCGACCGCCUGAAGUCCGAGGUCAGGGCCGCGCAGGACGCGCUGGUGGCGGCGCGCGCCGAGUGGGAGUCGCUGGUGGUGAUCAUCGAGCCCGGGCGGGCGCGCGACGCGGAGGCGAAGGAGAAGGCGAUCGCGAGCGGGGUGGACGGCGCGCGGCGCGACCUCGAGCGGCACCGGCGGCGGCAGGCCAAGAUGGCCAAGGAGCGCGACGAGGCGGUGGCGGCGAAGACGGCGGCCGAGGCCGAGGUGAAGCUGCUGCAGGCGCAGAUCCGCAUGGAGCGCGAGGGGCGCGACAAGGCGCGCAGCGAGCUGAGCGCGGUGCAGCAGCGCGCGUCGCAGGCGCAGGUGGUGGCCAGCAAGGUGCGCGGCGCCGAGGCCAGCCUCAAGUCGCGGAUCGCGGAGCUGCAGGAGGAGCUCGCGAAGACGCGCGACGCGCUCCAGCGCGCCAACCACGACGUGAUGGACUGGCGCGAGCGCGCCGCGCGCGCCCAGGACGUGCGCGCCUCGCGCUCGGGGCUCACCGAGGAGGACCUCAUGGACCGCGCGCGCCGCGCGAUGAAGCGCGCCGCGGAGCUGGAGAAGCAGCUCGGGCAGGCGCAGAAGGCGCUCGUCGACUCCGAGGCCGAGGCGGCCGUCCUGAAGGGGAUGGUCAAGUCGCUGAAGAUCGAGCUGCGCACGACGCGCGCGGCGGCGAAGGAGGGCCGCGAGGUGCGCGGGGGCCGCAGGGGCGGGCACGCAGAGGAGCACGUGCGGCGGAGCGGCGCGGCGCGCGGGUCGCGGGACGCCCCCGCGCUGAGUCCGCGGCAGGGGGGGUUCUCCGACGCGGAGUCCCCCACGCACGGGUGGGGCGGCGUGGACCCGCCCGCGGCGUCGAUGACGCCGGCGUUCGGGGGCAGCCACGCGCCGCACGGGCGGUACAACGACCGCCACGGCGACGACAUCAGCCUGCCGCCCAUCUCGGCGGGGAGCAACCGCGCGGGGCCGCGCGGCGGGCACGGGCACGCGGCGGCGUCGCGGUCCGCGGCGGACGACUCCAUGGCGCUCGGGAGCCCGAUGGUCGCGCGCGCGGACCACCCGCCCGCGGAGCACGACGACAUGGCAGCGAUGGGGUCGCCGGACGGCAGCGGGCACGGCGGGGGAGACAGCCCGGGCCCCGCGGCGGGGAACCCGCUGCUGCGCGUCGCGGGGCAGGCGUCGGCGUCGCUGCAGGGGUCGUCGACCGAGGUGCCGAUCCCGGACGCCGCGCCGGAGCCGCCCGCGCCCGCGGCGGAGCAAACGCCCCCCCCGGCGCAGGAGGAGUCCGAGGAGGACUACGUCAGGCCCGCAGAGCCCCCCGCGGCGCCGGCCGUGGCCGCGGAGGCGUCCGAGGAGGACUACGUGCGGCCCGCGGAGCGCUUCGCUGGCGAGCGGCGGCAGUCGGGGGACGACGCGGAGGUGGUCCAGUCGGGCGACGUGGAGGACGGCGGCGCGGGCGAGCGCGGCGCGGGCAGCGCCGCGGACGAGCUCAGCGACGUGGACGAUGACGAGCUGGAGCGCAUGCUGCAGUCCGAGGACGGCGGCAGCGGCGGCAGCGGCGGCGGCGGCGACUACGAGGCGAGCGAGGACUUCGAGGAGAUGAUCGAGGGGUUCGAGGGGGCGGCGGACGUGGGCGCGGGCUAG